CCUUAGCAGAGUAGCAAUGGAGCGAGUCAGUAGAGCAGUUAUGGAUAACCGUAAGAAGACUUACUAUCCAGUUGGAGUGGGGGACGUCACAAAGGAAGAAAACAGUGCUCGCAAAGAAGAAAUGAUGAAAGGCAAAAUUUGUAAUGUAGAAAUGACAAGAAAGACCUACGACCUUUUGACCGAUCUGGUGACGCCUCAGGAACCACUGGCCGUGCUGUGCCAUUGGCGACUUCCUCAGGAACAACGUGCUCUUCAGGUACGAAGACGGAAAACCCGUGAGAUGAAGCUUCAUCGACUUCCAGACGAUCCGUACGCCUCGCCAGCUAUCGACCUCUCCGCUACUGCGUGCAUGAACUCCACUCACGAGCUGCGGGAGAAACAUUUCCACGAGCUGUUGAAGGUGUAUCACACGUCGCUCAGGAAGACAUUGGCGGCACUGCUGGGGAAACCUGAAGGUGAACUUGAUCCGUGUUACAGCUUUGAGGCUUUCAUUGAAGAGUUCAAAAAACGUGCUGUCUAUGGAUAUAUAAUAACUGUCAUGUUUUUACCAGUGAUGUUUGCAGACCCUGCGGAUCUCAGUGAACUAGUGAAAUUAAGCUGGGAGGAGCAACUGGCUCCAGAAAAUAUUGAGUUAUCUCUCCGUCUUGGAGGUGAAGAAGCUACACGUGCGUUAGUGAGCCUUACAGAAGAUCUCAUAAAAAUGCAAUAUCUGUGA